UCCCAUCCACUUCGUUCUCGUUCAAUAAUUGCUAUCGUUCGAUUCGUUCGUUCACUCAUCCAUUUUGUUUUGACAGCUGACGGCGUGAAAAUGUCAGCUCACAAAACAUUUAUUAUCAAGCGCAAGCUUGCGAAAAAGCUUAAACAAAACAGGCCUAUCCCACAAUGGGUGAGAAUGCGCACAGGAAACACUAUUCGGUACAACGCUAAGAGGCGUCACUGGAGGAGGACGAAGCUGAAGCUGUAAGCUUGUACCACCUGUAGCUGUUAAGCUGAAUAAACUCUUCUAAAUCCA